UAUUCGGUAGUAACUUCAAGCCCAGAGGAAGAACAGCGGUCCUGAUAUCGGCCGCGCUUUGCAGGAUGGAAAGGCUGUUUCUAAACUUCAAUGGGAGAACUCAGAAGUUCCAAACUCCAGCAUCUGAAACAUUUCCUUUGAUUCUGAAGAUGACAGAGUGAUGAGUCUUCUCAUUUCCAGCUGAGUUUUAGCUCUGGAAUGGCCAGCCAGGAAACUGAAGUUCAAAGACUGGUACUAGAUAACGAUUCAAUGAUAGAAGGAAUAAGUGACCAGGUUCUGCUGGCGGUAGUGCUUAGCAUCACAUUCCUCGUAGCACUGACAUAUAUGCUAUUAAGAGAUGGGCAAUCAGAUAUUCAUCCAGAAAACCAAGAGCUAGUGAGGGCAGUUAGACAACAAAUACAAUCGGAACAGGAAAAUAGUGUUGGUGACAGGCAACAUUUCUAUACUGAUUUGUCCUGCCCAGUGUGUUUGCAACAGGCUACAUUUCCCAUUGAAACAAAUUGUGGACAUCUUUUCUGUGGUUCCUGCAUUAUUGCAUAUUGGAGGUGCGGAUCAUGGUUAGGUGCGAUACACUGCCCUAUCUGCAGGCAAACGGUUACUUUAUUUUUACCACUCUUUGAUGAGGGACAAGAGGAUGCAGCACAAGUGCUUCAUGACGUUAGUGAUUAUAAUAGGAGAUUCUCGGGACAGCCAAGAUCGAUUAUGGAAAGGAUUAUGGAUUUACCUACAUUAUUGCGUCAUGCGUUCAGAGAAAUGUUUUCUGUCGGUGGUCUCUUCUGGAUGUUCCGCAUCAGAAUAUUCCUCUGCCUCCUGGGGGCUUUGUUAUAUCUUGCAUCACCGUUGGACUUUCUACCUGAAGCUUUGUUUGGAAUAUUAGGAUUUUUAGAUGAUUUUUUUGUGGUUUUUCUGCUACUCAUAUAUAUAUCUAUCAUGUACCGAGAAUUUGUGACACAGAGACUGAACAGAUGAAGACAGAUGUCAGUAAUUAACAUUAAGGUGCAUUAAGUGAAUUAACUGUUUUGAGAAAAAUAUCUAGACACAAGUUUGGUUAUUAAACAGCCUUCGUUUGAUCAUCUUAUGCAAUCAAAAACACAUCUUUAUUUCAAACAUAAGACAGCAUAAGAUAACAUGAGAUUAUAAAAGUAGAUUGUGCAAGCAUGAGGAAUUAAUGUCACAGUGAUUAGGGAACUGGAAAUUUGAUGUGCGAUAUUAAAAAGGUGUAACCCAUGCUUAUAUAUGUUUACAGCAGAUGAAUGAGUAAAUGCCAUUUAAGCCACCAGCAGUGAUAAAAGGGAAAUUGUCUUGGAAUAUUUUAUUUGAAUUAGCUGGACAUGUGCUUAAAACAUUGUUUAAUGUUUAAUUUCAUAAUAAAUGUAAAGUUUCAAAAAUGGCUUUAGGUUGUGGGUAAACAGAUAAAGGGGAUUUAAUUUUAAACACAAUUGUUUAGAAUGUCCGUCUAUGCAGGAAAUGCUCAAGCAGUGCAGUUAUUAAAUAAGCUUGUGUUAUAAUAUUAUAUUGCACCAUCAGAAUACAUUACAGUGUUGUGACUAUGUACAAUUAUGUGUUGUCUCAAUAUAAUUUUUCCCCAUGGAAUUGCACUGUCCACUGUGGAGAGGAUGCUGUCUUCUCCAUAACAAAUGAUUGUAUGUAGUAAGGUUUUGUAUUACAAUAUUCAACAUUUUUUUUUGUAAAAGAAUUUAGCCUAGCCUAACAUGAAGCUAUAUUAUGGUACAGUAUAAGGCAAAAGUUUAAGUUUAAAUUGUAACUGACUUCUUUAAUCAGGUGAAAUACUAAAUGGCAUAUUAAAUAAUAGCUGAUAGAGCCAUUAGCCGAAAUCUAAAACUGCGUUUUAUCGAAAGUAUACUUGAAAUAACAACUGGUAAUGGGGACCAUAGAUACAUGGUUAUAUCAUAUAACCACAGUUUAUAUGAAAAAUAUAUAAACAUCCUUAAGAGUAAACCUUAUUGAACAUUGUAGGCCUUUCUUCUCAAUAAGCACACAUAAUUUCAGACUACAAGUCUUCUCAAGUUACAUUUCAUAAAACAUUAUGAAAUGCCUUGUUUAAGCCAUGCAACACUUCUUGAAGAUAGAGAAAACGACUAACAAAUCUACAACGCUGGAAAAACUGUAACCUUCCAUAUGAUGUAACUUCCAGCUUUCCUUGCUAUUUGUAGUCCCGGUUUGGACUAAUGGAAUAUAAUAACUGUAAAUUCUCCAGCCUGCUUAUACUACUUCAUUUCAUAUCCCAACUGGAAAUAUACUAACCUGUGAAGAACAUGCACUAUCUCCUUAGACAUAUGCAGACAAGAGAAUAAGCAUAUAAGGUGCUUGGAUUAUAAAAGGUGCUAUACAACAUUUAAUCUCCAAAAAUAUAGAUAUGAGUGCUGAGCUAUAUGUGGAAUGUUCUUAACCCCUUAAGUAUCCAUGAAAUAAUUAUUUAGGUCUUGCUUUUUAGCAAAUACCUGCAGAGAAUGAAAACUUUGUGGUAAGUUAAUAAAUAUGGUUUUUUUAAAAAGAAGCUGUGGAGAAGCCCAGUGGAUACCCAUUUCUGGUCUGAAUUCUCUAUGGUAGGGUUGUCAUUAUGAAGACUUAUAUUGAACUUAAAAUUAUUAGCCAGAUAUUUAUUAUUUUUAUUCAUAUCCCACCUUUGUUUUUAUAAACAACUCAAGGCAGUGAAUAUAUCUAAUACCUCUUCCUCCUCCUAUUUUUCCGCAACAGCAACACUCUUAACAUUUUAAAAAUUUUAUUCCCAUUUAAAACUGAAUUCUGAAUACUGCCUUAAUGUUGAAUAUUGACUUAUUUUAAAUAUUUAAAUACCAACGCAAUUCUAAAUUAUGAUUAAUGGGGAUAAUUGAUAGUCGGAGAGGAGGCAAUGUUUAAGUCUUAUUUCCAAUCAUAUAGCUACAGUUAGAGAAGAGGAAACAUUAUGUGCAUUAACAUUGACUUGAAAAAAAUCCAAGGCUUUCAAUUUGAUGAAAUUGUUGCCAAAGAAAUCUCCCAUUAUUAACAAGCUUAGUUGAUACAACAAUCUUCUUCAUAUACUCUAUAUAAAGACUGGAUUUGAAAUGCCAUUUUGGUUUUUGCUUCCAUUUCUAUGCAGAGGUUCCAAGUGCCAAUAUCCACAAAUGCGUAUGUUGGAAUGUACAUAACUGAGUACAUUUGAGUAGUAAAUUUUGUAAAAUGGACGUAUCUCUCUCAGAAUGCUGAAUGUGCCCAUGAUCUAAGUUUUCUUUAAAAAUAUGGGACCAUUUUCAUUAUUUCUAUAAAUAUAUGUCUUAAAUUGUCAAAGUUA